AAUCUGGCAGUUAAUGCGCUAAUGUAAGUAUACAAAUAUAUUCCCCUAAUAAUUCUGUGCCUAUUGCUUCUUAAAUUAGUCUAUCUUGUAUUAAGGUCUUUUGAAUUCUUAAAUUUCAAUAAUCGCCCACAUCGUAGGAGCUAUCCAAAAUGAGGAUUUAAUGCGUUUGGCUCCUAGAAUUUGUGUCUAGCUGUUGCACAUUGACUACCCAUUCCUAGUCGACUGACAAGAACUCGACCAAUACGCUUUUGUUCUAACAGUGAAGACGAAUUUUUUGGCAUAUACUUUAUAAGGCUGGGAGAAUGUAAACAUAAACAAACGUUGGUCAAACUCAGUUUUGCUUAUCUAAUCGAUGCGCUGAACUGAUAAGCAAUCUGGCUAAGAGCAUAAGGUGCGAGCGCUUACUCAUUGCGGUGCAAUCAGUGUGAUUACGCAUUUCGCCAGCGACGGAGAGCAUUGAAGUUAAAUCGCACGCGGAUAGUUAUAUUUAAGAGUUUGAAAUGGGCGUGGAAGUGGGACAUGCUGCCGAUCCGCCAGCACAUAUCCUUGGCUAUGCGAUACGCAGCCGCACGCGAAUCUAUGUGUCCUAUGUGUUGCCCAGUUGCUUGGGCUUAUUACUCUACUUGCUGCAAACCUCCACCGAUUUAGCCUUGAGCUAUCAGCACUUUCGUCAAUUAAAGCCAGCUUAUGGGGCAGGUACUUUGAUAUUGUUAUUACUGCCAGCGCUGUUUAGCUUUUUGCUGAUCAUGAGCUCCAAGCAACAGCGCAGCCAUGAAGGUUGCGCCUUGGCCCUGAUGCAACUGCUCUGCUUUCCGUGCCUGGUGGUGUAUCGUUACAGCAAGCGUUUGUUUUGGGCCAUUGAGGCACUUUUCCAUACCGACAGUGAUAAGGAGCGCAUGCAGUGCUUGGCCAAAGCCACAGAGACAUCCAGCAUUGAGCUCUACCUUUUGCUGCAGGCAUAUGUGCAGGCGGCACCACAAAUUAUUCUACAGAUGUAUUAUAUGCUACAGCAGGAUAUCUUUCGCAGCUAUGAGACAACCGCCUUGCAAGGCAUGUGUCUGAUCUGGUCAGCCAUUGAUUUAGCCACCAUCACCACCAGCUAUCAUCGUAUGGAAAGUCAGCGUUGCGUCGGGCGUCAUUAUCCUUGGGCUACACCAGCGCAGGUGCAGCUACAGCGCAAUCGCUUGGAGCAGAACGAGCGACUAUGUUGUGAGGCCAAGCGUCGCAAGCGCGAGUCCGAGCGCACAAUUGCCACCAGUUUUCCGCAGUCGGAACAGAUUAUGGCCAACUUCCAUGCACGACACGUCGCCGACGAGCCACGUACGCAUGAUAUGCUAGUGCGCGGAUAUGAUGAAGUGGAUAACGAUGCUUUGGAGACGCUGGAAACACAGGCAUUGAUGCAUAGACCGCGGCUUGCCACAGACAACGCCACCGAUGAUGACAAGUUACACAUUGUAAAGCCCAAAUUGCGGCUGCAGCCGCAGGCGAUGAGCAAACUGGAUGACAUUGAAGUGCUUGACACUGUGCCUGAGACACCAGCGCCACCCCCGCCGCCAUCUACAGCGCCAGCAGCGCUGCCAGCGCAUAUCAAUGUUGUGACACCAGAACUGCGACGCACCAUGUCAGAUAACCGCCACAGUCGUCUUGUAACGCGUCCACUCUCGCAGCUGGAGACAUUUAAGGAUAUGCUGUUGGUCAAUGCACAGCUGUACAUUAAGGAGCAUGUUCCACGUCCACCAAAAUUACUUAUGACACGCGUCGCCGAGAACGAACAGCCGACAGAGGAGCGCACGCCUUUGAUAUCGUCCACUGAGUCACCCAUGACGCCCCAGGAUGUGGUGGACUUUUACUUUCCGCGGGCUACGAAGCUUGUGAAUGGUAUCGAGCAGGACGACUUUGCAGGUCGCACUGUUGCCUUCUUUGGCUGGAUUUCCUUCAUCAUUAUGCGCAUGCUCUCGCUGGCAAUGUUCUGCGUUUUCUAUCCACGUGCCUUCUUUAUCAUUGUUGGCGUCCACUAUGCAAUAAUGUUGGCUGCAUUGGCGCUCGAGACGCGUUGCUGCUGUAGCUGGUCAAACCGUCUGUUCUAUCUGCUGCUAGCCUACAUUUACAUAUUUGUGCUGCUCGAGUUUCGGGUCUGCUUCAAACGCAUAAGUGUGUGGUACGGCUGGUAUCUAGUGCUGGUACUGACGGAGAAUAUAAGCAUGACCAGUAUUUGGUAUGCCAACGAGCAGUUCGGCUCUUGGUGGUUUGGGUUCAUCUGGGAAUGGAUUGUCUAUAGCGGCGUGCUUUUCCUGGCCACUAUGGUGGUUUACUACUGCAUACUGCGUCCCAGGCAAGUGUCGUUGAUUGUGGAGGAUGAAUCAACGUUACCCGCACCCGCAACCGAACCCGGACCGGCAGUUGCCUAGCAACGUUUCCAUUUGGUUUCCUCGCAACGUAGCAGGCGUUGUUAAUUGUCAUUCUCAUCAGCUCCAGUUCACAACAGUCUCAUCAUAACUGUAAUAA